UCCAGCUGUGUUGGGGUAGAGGAGCACCAUGCUGUUGACAUUGAUCUAUACCAUUGUCCCAACUGUGCAAUUCUCCAUGGACCUUCUCUAAUGAAGAAGAGGAGGAACUGGCACAGACAUGACUACACAGAGUUGGAUGAUGGUUCCAAACCAGUGCAGGCUGGAACACGAACCUUCGUUAAACAGCUGCGGGCUCGCUCUUUCCCAAGUGCUGAUGAAGUCAUUUUGAAAAUGCAUGGAAGCCAGUUGACACAAAGAUACUUAGAGAAACAUGGGUUUGAUGUUCCCAUUAUGGUUCCUAAAUUAGAUGGUCUGGGGCUCAGACUUCCUCCACCAACUUUUUCUGUUUUAGAUGUGGAACGCUAUGUAGGUGGAGACAAAGUGAUAGAUGUAAUAGAUGUAGCAAGACAAGCAGACAGUAAAAUGAAGCUUCAUAAUUAUAUUAAAUAUUUCACAAAUCCUGACCGACCAAAAGUAUUAAAUGUGAUCAGCCUGGAAUUCUCGGACACAAAGAUGUCUGAAUUAGUGGAAGUACCAGAUAUUGCCAGAAAGCUUUCAUGGGUGGAAAAUUAUUGGCCAGAUGAUUCUGUCUUCCCUAAGCCUUUUGUUCAGAAGUAUUGCUUGAUGGGUGUCCAGGACAGCUAUACCGAUUUUCAUAUCGAUUUUGGAGGAACAUCAGUUUGGUACCAUGUUCUCUGGGGUGAGAAGAUAUUCUAUUUGAUCAAGCCCACUGAUGAAAAUUUGGCUCUGUAUGAGUCUUGGAGUUCAUCUGUCACCCAGAGUGAAGUAUAUUUUGGGGACAAGGUUGACAAAUGUUACAAAUGUGUUGUGAAGCAAGGACACACUUUAUUUGUUCCAACAGGCUGGAUUCACGCUGUGCUCACAUCUCAGGAUUGUAUGGCUUUUGGAGGAAACUUUUUGCACAACCUCAAUAUUGGCAUGCAGCUCAGGUGUUACGAAAUGGAGAAGAGGCUAAAAACCCCGGAUCUUUUCAAAUUUCCUUUCUUUGAAGCCAUCUGUUGGUUUGUGGCCAAAAACUUACUGGAAACAUUGAAGGAACUGAGGGAAGAUGGUUUCCAGCCUCCAAGCUAUUUAGUGCAAGGAGUGAAGGCUUUACUUACUGCUUUAAAAUUAUGGAUGAAAAAAGAACUUGUAACAGAACAUGCCUUUGAAAUUCCAGACAACAUUAGGCCUGGACAUCUCAUAAAAGAGCUCUCAAAAGUGAUUCGUUCUGUAGAGGAGGAAAACAGCAAACUAGUUAAAACUCAGGGAAUUCUUGGUGUGUGUCCAACUUCACGGUCCUCGCAUGAAACAACUUCCCCUCACCACUCCAGACGAAGGGUGAGGAAACUGCGAGACCAUGCUACCAAAACUCCUUCUAAUCUGGACAUCCUGGAACUGCACACUAGGGAGGUACUGAAAAGGCUGGAGAUGUCACCAUGGGAGGAGGAUAUCGCAAGCUCGAAACUGAAUGGGAGAUUUAACAAGCCGUUUCAGCCAUCUUCUACAGUACCUGAAUGGCGAACAAAAGACAAUGAUCUUCGCCUUCUGCUGUCAAAUGGAAGAAUAAUUAGAGAUGAGAGACGCCCAUUUACAGAUCGAAGUCUUUACACAGCAGAUAGUGAAGAUGAAGAUGACAGGACAAGGUCAAAAAAGACGACUGUUAAGGUAGAAGACCAGCCCUCAGGAUCUGAAGGAGAAGGGAAUGCAGAUGCCCAGAAACCACUGAACAUGUUCUUUGAAAGUGUGAAAUCAGAACUCAGGAAUGGAUCCUCAGAGUACUCUGAUAUUUCUGAUUCAGAAGAGUCUGAGCCUGAUUGCACUACACAGCAGAAGGAUUCCUCCACAGAGGAGUCAGAAAGCUCAGGUGAUGAAGAGAAACAGGAAGUAACAUCAAAUUUCAAAGAGGAACCUAAGGUCACAAGAGACCUUUGUCAAAAUACCCAGAAGCCAUCCAGAAAUGAAACUCCCAGUAAAAAGGAAUGUCCUACCUCGACAAGUACAGAAGAAGAAGCUAUUCAGGGCAUGCUUUCUAUGGCAGGAUUGCACUAUACUACAUGUUUACCAGGUCAUACUCAAAGCACAGACUGCACAGGUAAAAGAACCUCUCUUCAGGAACACAGAAGCUAUCCCAGGAGUCGGCAUAAAGACAGACAGCCAUCUCAGAGCCACAAAACAAUAGAAUGUGGUAGGUCUGUGAAGGAAGAGGAAGGAGACUUGGGGACUUCAGCAUGGGCUAGACACUUGAAUGAAGCUUCGAGGAUUACCCCUCAGGAUACAAGUAAGACUCAAAAAUACAUCAAGAAAGAGGGUGCAUCAGAAGCUAAUCAUAAGAUUCAGGAAAACAGAAGUAUAGUCCACAACAACAGCUUGAGUUUUCAGCAUGGCAAAUAUACACGAGACUCCAGUCUAAUUCAAGGAGAAUGUCGGCUGAGUGAUGGCAGCCUUAGCCCUGACAGGCCGUAUGGUGAAACAUCCUUGUCCGUACCACUUCAUCCAACAAAGAGGCCAGCAUCAAAUCCACCCCCUAUCAGCAACCAGGCGACAAAAGGCAAACGUCCAAAGAAAGGAAUGGCAACUGCUAAACAGCGCCUUGGGAAGAUCUUGAAGCUGAACCGGAAUGGCCAUGCACGCUUCUUUGUUUAAUGUAGCUGCUACUUCUACUACUGCUGUCUUUCCUACACAGACCAGUAUUGAGGUCAACAGAGCCUGGAGCUGCUGUUAUUCCUCUGCUUGAAGCAGACUUGCAUGUACCAUAUAAAACACUGCCUGAUGAACAAAAUUGAGAAAGAAAGAAAAAAAA